GACGUGGGUUAAAAAGUCAUGAGCGCCUACCUCUGUCGUCACCACUUCACCGUGUUUUACCGGCGUCACGUUCAUUCAUAAGAAGAUACGGUUCAGUCCGUGACCGGAAUCAACCCUCAGAUUACAUGGCGGGUUACCUGAAGGCUCUGACCGCCGUGUCGAGGAGUGCAGCCGCUGCUCUUUCGCAAAACCCCGCUGUGGUCUCACCGGCCGCGAUCUGCCAUCACAGAGUGCAGCAGAGGAACUAUGCAACGAAACGUAUCAAGGUGGACCAGCCAGUGGUGGAGAUGGAUGGAGAUGAGAUGACACGCAUCAUAUGGGAAUUCAUCAAAGAGAAGCUCAUCCUAUCCAACGUGGAUGUUGAGCUGAAGUAUUAUGAUCUCAGUCUACCCUACCGAGACCAGACAAAUGACCAGGUCACCAUCGACUCUGCUCUGGCAACUAAGAAAUACAAUGUGGCCGUCAAAUGUGCCACAAUCACCCCUGAUGAGGCCAGAGUUGAGGAGUUUAAAUUAAAGAAAAUGUGGAGAGUCCCAAUGGAAACCAUCAGAACAUCUUAGUGGCACAGUUUUUCGUGAGCCAAUCCUUUGUAAAAACAUUCCCCGUCUCGUUCCCGGGUUGGACACAAGCCAUAACGAUUGGCAGACAUGCUUUUUGCGAUCAGGUGAAAAAAAAAAAAAAA